AUGGUCAGCUGCGCCACAGACCACGGCGACCCCUUGGACACCCACGACCUGACCUUCGCGCGGGACUUCGCCAAGGCCUCGAAGGCCAUCAGAAGUGCGGGCAAGAGUGCCUCUCAGGCCCUGCCCGAUGACUUCAAGAAGGCGGCCCAGAUCCUGGGUGCUGUCUUCGCCUUGGUCAUGAGCGCCUGGACAUCUUGGAAGGACCCCAACCUCCGGGUGGCGGCGCUUGAAGCCCUGGGGCACAUCAGCCUUGUGAUCCCAAAGGAUCAGUUUCUGACAAACGCAGAUGCGUUGCUUGAGCACAUCAUCUCGCUGCUCUCCCGCCAGGGUGCCCUCACGUCGCCGGCGAGCCCCUUGCCACCAUUGCAACUGCUGCGCGGAGCAUCACUGGCCUUGCAGGCUUGCAUUGACGCCGACCCAGAAAUCCUCACGCUGGAGAACACGCUGCAGACGAUGCUGUCCUCGCUCUUCGCCUGGGCGGCCCUCAAAGGGCCCCUACAGGAGUCAGGGCUGAGCCCUGAGGCGCUCCAGAGCCAGGCGGAGCUCUUUCAGUGCUUCGAAAUCCUUGCCGAGUGCUUUGGAAGGGAGUCCUUUGGCUUCUUGCUGCACAAGGCCAAAGGCUCGCGCGAGGAUCGCCUAGCCUCGCUGAUGGUCCUGCGCCACCUUCUGGGAGGGCGGGCUGCCAGCGGAGCUGUAAACAUCGUCGAGGGCAUGCAGCAGCUGCUGCUGGACCAGGACCCUGCCGUGGGUCUGAUGUUGGGAGAGCUGCUGGUGGCAGCAGCUAACGCAGACUUGCUCGGCAGUGGGCCUACAGAG